AUGCCUCGCGAAACUUCCUCAGCUGAGCCAACUCCAUCUCCGAUUCCUCACAGAAUCGUACAAGGAGAGACGCCUGCCGCAACAGAGGAUCCGAACGCUAGCGACGGUUCUAAUGAAAGCGCGACAUCACGGCUAGAAGUCCCAUCGCCAAAGCUUCGUCUCCAUGUGCAAGAUAUCACUCACAGGUCAGCAACGACCUUUUUCCGCUGCUUUCCGGACCCAGAGGGUGUGCUCCAUGCUGCGCUAUCCUAUAUUGUCAUGUAUCUAUACGCGAGCCCAAAAUCAUGCCGGUCCCAGCAUAUCUGCUUCACUCCAUCUUUACCUCCAACGCGAUCUGUGACCCUCAUUCUACGCGACUUUUCCGGAGUGGCACAUACCACAUCCAUCGACUUGGAUGUUGACCACAAAGAAAUCCACCUGUCCCUCGCAUAUAUUGCUCAUAGCGCUACUCUAAAGGACCCAAUACACGAGCUUGUUGGCGUUCUGACGCAUGAAAUGGUGCACUGCUACCAGCACACAUGCCCGCCUGGUAGUAAAUCCGUGCCGUCUCCGCCUUCAGGCCUUAUAGAAGGCAUAGCAGACUUUGUACGCCUGAAGGCUGGCUUAUCUCCACCCCACUGGCAUCGACCCCUUAGCUGCGCGGACCUUCCUGAUUCAUGGGACCGCGGCUACCAGGACACUGCCUUCUUUCUCGAGUGGCUCGAAGAUGUGAAAGUCGGUACCGGCGCAGUAGGUCUGAUCAAUGAUAGGCUUUUGCGAACAGGGUAUGUUGGUGAAAAUAAUGACACCGACGCCUCUUGCACCGCUUCAACGAAGAGCUUUUGGCGAGGCUUGUUCGGCGCUUCAGUACAAGAACUUUGGGUUGAAUAUAGGAAAUAUAUUGAUGGACAAGGAGGAAAACGGGAUUAG